GCCAUUGGUUGGAAAACUAGGUUAGUGGUCCGACAGGCAUGACGGUGAAGAGAAACUAGGUCACCGAUUGAAAAUCGUUUAUGUCACAGUUCUUGGACUUUCUACAACACGUUACCUAGUGGCCUUCAAUGGAUAAUAAAUCCUAGCGGACCAAGUAGUUACACGGGCUUCACCUUGUACCUAAGGAUCAGAGCACAUUACCUUCGUACCAGAGACCACACGAGAUUAAAGCCGACUGCACUGCUGUGUACUGGAUACGACUCAGCUAGUCAAGGAGGCCUCUUCCUGGUUCUUAUCAAGUUGCGGGAUCGAGAGUGGAUGGAAGGAGAUGAUUUUAACACAGAGGCUGUGAUGAACAUCUGUGAUGACCUGAUGGCAGACCAAAGGAUGGACAUCUCCUCUACAAUGACUGACUUCAUGUCUCCCAGCUCUACCGACCUCAUCUCGAGCUCUAUCAGCACUCCUGGCAUGGACUACACUCGGAAAAGAAAGGGCAGUACCACAGAAUAUCAAAUCGAUGGCUUCUCAUUCGAUGACAUGGACCCAGACAAAGAUAAACUGGGAAGUGACCAACCAGGCCGAAUAAAGAAUGCCAGAGAGGCUCACAGCCAGAUUGAGAAGCGUCGAAGGGACAAGAUGAACAGCUUCAUCGAUGAGCUGGCGUCACUGGUGCCCACAUGUAAUGCCAUGUCUCGUAAACUGGACAAGCUCACCGUUCUUCGCAUGGCUGUUCAGCACAUGAAGACACUCAGAGGAGCAGCAAAUCCAUACACAGAGGCCAACUACAAGCCUUCCUUCCUUUCAGAUGAUGAGCUGAAACAUUUGAUACUAAGGGCUGCUGAUGGUUUCCUAUUUGUGGUUGGAUGUGAUCGGGGAAAGAUUCUUUUUGUUUCGGAAUCAGUUUACAAGAUUCUUAACUACAGCCAGAAUGACCUCAUAGGUCAGAGUCUCUUUGACUACUUACAUCCUAAGGACAUCGCCAAGGUUAAAGAACAGCUGUCUUCUUCCGAUACAGCCCCUCGUGAAAGGCUCAUUGAUGCUAAAACUGGUCUUCCAGUCAAGACAGACAUCACACCUGGACCAUCCAGACUUUGUUCUGGUGCUAGACGGUCGUUUUUCUGUAGGAUGAAGUGCAACAGGCCAUCUGUCAAAGUAGAGGACAAGGACUUUCCCUCAACCUGCUCAAAGAAAAAAGCUGAUCGCAAGAGCUUCUGCACGAUCCAUAGCACUGGGUACCUAAAAAGUUGGCCGCCUACGAAGAUGGGUCUUGAUGAAGACAAUGAGCCUGAUAACGAAGGCUGCAACUUGAGCUGCCUGGUAGCCAUUGGUCGACUACAUCCGCAUAUUGUCCCCCAGCCCAGCUUGGCAGACAUCAGAGUGAAGCCCACUGAGUACGUUUCCCGGCAUGCCAUAGAUGGCAAAUUCGUCUUCGUUGACCAGAGAGCAACAGCCAUCCUAGCCUACUUACCCCAAGAGCUGCUGGGAACGUCCUUCUAUGAGUAUUUUCACCAGGAUGACAUCAGCCAUCUGGCAGAGUGCCACAGACAAGUGCUGCAGAUGAGAGAGAAGAUUAACACGAACUGUUACAAAUUCAAGAUCAAAGAUGGCUCAUUCAUCACACUGAGGAGCCGAUGGUUCAGCUUUAUGAACCCCUGGACCAAGGAGGUGGAAUACAUAGUCUCCACUAACACCGUUGUGUCGUGUCCUAUGAUAGAAGGAUCAGAAUACACUCAAUCUGCUGCAUCCCCACAGAGUAUGGAUAGUGUUCUCCCUUCAGAGGUAGGUGGAGGAAGACGGGCAUUGCAGACGGUGCCUGGCAUUCCCGGUGGCACAAGAGCAGGAGCUGGGAAAAUUGGAAGAAUGAUUGCAGAGGAAGUGAUGGAGAUCCAAAGGAUCAGAGGCUCCUCCCCAUCCAGUUGUGGUUCGAGCCCGUUGAAUAUCACCAGUACCCCUCCGCCGGACACCUGCUCUCCUGGGGGAAAGAAGAUUCACAACGGAGGGACUCCUGAGCUGGCCAGCACCGGGAUCCUUCCUGGGCCUGAUUCUGUCGGCUACCCCUACUCCAACCAGUCCAUUAUGAGCGACAACUCCCACCUGAGUAUAGACAUCAUGGACGAGCCUGGCUCGAGCAGCCCCAGCAACGACGAGGCGGCCAUGGCUGUCAUCAUGUCCCUUUUAGAGGCAGAUGCUGGCCUAGGCGGCCCAGUGGACUUCAGCGACCUGCCUUGGCCUUUGUGAAGACGUUGAAGGGCAUCUCGCAGAGAGAGAGAGAAAGAGAGAGAAAAGAAAGAGUACACCCCCAUUCAGCACCAGAGUCACCGGUAGAGAGAGUUCAGUCAAGAGGAAAUCGCUUUCCUGUUCCGUUUUAUUUUCUGUUUCAUCCACUGUACCUGCCAACUUCUCUGCAAAAGUGUCAUUGGUGGCAUUCAGAAUGAAGCAGAAAUGAAGAAUUCAACGGAAGAAGAGGAUUCCCGGAGCCUCAAGAUGAAGCCAAAUGAAGGGAUUUCCAUGAUCUAUGUACAGACGAGCACUUUUGCAGUGAUGGUUACUUCCACAGUUGAACUUUGUAUAAAUAGAGCGGUUAAUUUAGGUCUGCUGACAGUCAGUUUUCUUUCUAACACUGGCUCUGGGCUUCUCUGUCAGCUGCUGAGCCCCAACCAUCAUCAAACUUUGAAACAUUCAGCAGAUCCAGUCUCACAGGUGGUGUUGGUGCCCGUUCAAGUUGACAUAGAGAAAACGGUCACAACUCUCUGCUCAGAAGACACUCGACCCCAAGAAUUCCACGUUUUUUUUUUUCCAGUGGUGUGUAUAUCCAAGGAAGACAUCCAGGUGUGUCUGAGUUUGAAUGACUCGUUCAAAAACCAUCCAAAAACUCAUGCUUAGUGCUCUUUUUGAAGCUGAACUCCUGAUGGGGAAAGGAAGUAGUCAUGGCCCUCUUGUAACUCUUCCACAAGCAAACAAAAACGUUGGAAUGUGACAAGAGUAGUAGCCUUAUGUGUUUUAAGGCUUACGUCAGACUCUGUGCUGACCAAAGACAAAAAAAGCAGUGCUUCUCAUCAUUCAAUUUGACAUCUGUGCACUUUGUCCAAGCAAAGAUUUCCUGGCAAGUAAUUACCAUAAAACACAGACAUAAAAAGCCCUCAGUGUUCUCACUCACUAAAUUGCCAUCAUUUAAUAUCUGUUGGUGAAAUCUUGUUGAGUCCGUUUUUUUUUUUUUCUUUAGGAGUCUGCAUUUGUCAUUUAACAAAUGUUAGGGCCACGCUGAAAAGAAAAGUUGUAAUAUACAAGUAAUUUGUAUCUUUUUUUGGGGGGGAGGGGAAAAAUGUUCAAGUAUCAAGUUAUUUUUGGAAAAUCAAGUAGUAUAAAAUGUUUGUGAUGAAAAUGUUUUAAUAUAGAGAACAAAGCUAAAGUCAUUAUCUUAACAUUACUACUUUUUGUGGCUUUAUCUCCCUCACAGUAUCACUUUAUUUUUGAAAGUAUAGUCAUAUUUUUUCAGAAGAAAAAAAACAUAUAAUCUCUUAUUCAAAGAAAAAGUUGAAAUGCUGUGAAUAUAAACGUCCAUAUGUACUCUUGCACGUAUGAAGUCAUAUUUUGGGAGAAAAAACAAAAACUAUAAAAAA